AGCGUUAACAGACAUCAUACUCAGCUUGUCUUGUCAAGUCAUGUCACAAGCAAUACACGUGACAUUAUAAGAUGAGAGAGAGAGCCUUCACCUCACCGACACACCGCUCUCAACUCAUAUUCUGAGUUCGCUCUCAAGUGGAAACGGCUCUGUGCCCUAAAGAGAUCUACCGGGAAUCAAUGGUUCAACCUGGUUGAUCAUGACGGAGAUGGUCGCAUUACAGGUCACGAAGCGACUAAGUUCUUCGCAGCUUUCUCGACAAGAACUCAAGCAGGUUUGGGCCAUUGCUGAUGAAAAGCGGCAGGGCUUCUUAGCUUUCGUUUUUGCAGUGAAGUUGAUUUCCUUUGCACAAGAACAUGAACUAACCCCAGACAUCCUCAAAACUGAAGUUGAUUGGGAAAACAUUAAACCUCCAGUUAUGGAAGGUUUGGAUGCUCUGACAGCCGAAAUCAUGAGUUCAGCGACAAAAGGACUUGAAGUAAAAUAAAUGGUUAGAAAAUCCAUCUAACUUUUGCGAAUAUAUUUGUAAUGAUCCUUUACUAAGUUUGUUUGGUGGUAAUGAGGCAGCAAGCAUUCACUCCGAACCUUGUACGCAGUGGUUUGGUUCAAAACGAACGAAGAAAGUAAGAUCAGAUGUCCUUUGUCCAUUGGAGAUUAUGUUUUAUUUUGAUUGAUUCACUUUUAAACUGCUGCAGUUUCAUCUUUCCAAAAUCUUUUUAUUGCCAUAUAUAGAUAGUAACUUUGUACUCAUUAAUACCUUUUUUAUUCAGUUGAAUCAUCUCCCUAACCAGUUUCUCUGCUUAUUCAGUUAGAAGUAGUUAGUUUCCCUGUGUUCUAAUUCAUGGAUAUGACAUUGUAUUUGUUGUAGACAUCUAACACUGAAAUUUGGUAACAUGUGUUCAUUGUUUUGCUCCCAAAUCUUUGGUAAAGGUGUUUUUUCUUUGGACAAAAUUUUCUUUUAAUCUACAUAUCAACUUGUUUUUACAUAUUUAUAAAGGUAUGUCUUCUUUUCCUUACUGCCUGACUUGUUCAAGUUGGUUUCUUCAGCUACCACUUGAUGGCGUCACAUCUAUAGUUGAUGGUUUGAAGAUAUUGUACGGAAAAACACUAAGGCCACUGGAACUUACAUAUAAUUUCAAUGAUUUUGUAUCUCCAUCAUUGGUGAGUGUAUUCCCAUAUGUUUUCAUGUAUUUAGUAGGAUAUAUAUGAUUUAGUUAGUUCACCUUAUUAUCCUUCUAACUGCCUUCUUAGCAUAUUGUUUUGUUUAGGUAGAACAUUUGCUAAAUAAUGGCUGAUUUAUUCCUUUGCAGACCGAUGGCGAUUUUGAUGCUAAGCCGAUGGUCUUGUUCUUGGGUCAGUAUUUGACCGGAAAAACUACAUUCGUUAAACAUUUGCUAAAUGUAGCUAUCCAGGUUGGUUAAGUUUUCUCUUUUAUUUUAUUUUCAAAUGAUUAAUGGACAACCAUACCAUACGGCUUACAUUUACUUUGAACAGUAGCUCAUAUUGGACUAGAACCUGCAAAUGACAGAUUUGUGGUUGUGAUGGUAUAGUUUCUUAUAACCAUGCUUCCUUUCUAAAAACUAAUGUAGUUUAUCAUUGUUUCUUUGUAGUCUGAGGCUUAUUGUGUGUCACAUAGUCUUUGUAAUUCUAAACCUUACUCAAAUUUUUGUACUUAGUCCGGACCUGAUGCAAGAAGGAGCAUACCUGGAAAUACCAUAGCUGUGAAUGCAGACCUUCUUUUCAGUGGUCUAGCAAGUUUUGGAGGCUCAUUUCUGUCAAAAUUUGAGUGUU